AAUAUUUACCAUUAAAUCCAUUGUUUUUAUAGUUUUGAUGAAGAAUUAAAAGAAGAAUAUGUUAUCUGUGCAAACAGAGGAGUCUUAUAAAAAUGAUAAGAAAAAUGAAAAUAAUCAAGAAAAUAACGGAGAAAAAGAUACCCUCAUUAGAAAACGCACUGUAGAAGAUGGAAAUGAGACACUUGUUGAAAAUUUAGAUGAAAAACGACCUAAAAAGGAUGACGGAAAAAGUAAUCAUUCAAAUGAUGAUCAAAAUUCAGGUCAUCAGACAAAGCCUUCAUUUUCAUCUUUCAAGUCGUUAUCAGAGUCAUCAGUUUCACCUUUUGCAUCUUUGAAACCCAGAAACAUUACAUUCCCUUUCAAUUCGUCUUCUCAUUCUGCAAAAAAAACAUUUGGAUCUAAUAUUUCAGGUUCUGGAUUUGACUCACUUGUACCUUCAUCAAAAAAUAGUUCAGAAGAUACUAAUAUUUUUUGUGAAAGUAAGGCAUUAAAUAAUUCAACAGAAAUACACAAAAAGACACCAAAUGAAGCAUUUAGUAUGCUUCUUGAAAAAGAAGUAGAUAAUUAUACACAAAAAGAUGAUCACGUAAUAAAAAAGUCAACUGCUAUAUUAGAACAGGAAGUGAAAACAGGAGAAGAACAUGAAGAAACAAUUUAUUCUACGAGAGCUAGGCUUUAUGUGAUGGAUUCUGAUACAAAAGAUUGGAAAGAAAGAGGUGUUGGGAUGUUGCGUGUGAAUACUGAGCAAAUAAAAGGAGUGAUUACUAGAUCACGACUUGAAGUUAUGAGGACAGAUGCUGUAUAUAAGGUUAUAUUAAAUACUCCUUUAUUUAAAGAAAUGAUGAUUGAAGGAGGAAACUCUAAUACUUUUGGUUCAAUGGGUCUUGACAAGUUUCUAAAAAUCAUUGUUAUGGAAAAUCAAAAACCUACACAGUUUGCUAUUAAGUUAAAAGAUGAAGCCACCGCUCAACAACUUCGAAAAUAUAUUCUAUUGGCUAUACCUAAUAGUGAAAGCGCAUCUUAGAUCAUAAUACAACCUACUGUUGUAU